AUGGCAAAGGCGCAGGACGCCGCGCUUGUUCACCAAGUUCUGAUUGUCGUCUAUGAAUUUGAUAAGCACUAUAUCCUUGGCGAACUCAGUAUGCCGCACCAAGAUGCCAACAGAGUCUCUGGUCAAUUUCGCCGGAGCCCCUGGACGCUCGAGCGUUGGAGCAUCGCCCAUGGGUUACGCAUCAAAGAAAUUCUGGCUACUGCAGUUGAACUCUGUUCAAAGACAACAAUGACGAUGACGGGCACACCGACAACCUCAUAUAUGAUGUCGCUGAGCAAGGAUGAAGCGAACGCGGCCUCGCCGUCAUCUUCAGUACGGGCAUUGACCUCCUCCUCUUCCAAUUGUGUUGCUGUGCACGCACCCCGGCACCGGUGUAGUAUCUUCGUACUGCAUGGGGGCGUUUCCGGACGCGCUCAAAUAAGCCUGUCAAACGAACGUCGCCGGACGCCGCGCAUCGGUGCACGUCGUGAGCCAGAGCAGCCGCUUGCGCGUGGCACCGCGGCCAAACUGUCCCGCGGCUCACUGCGUGCAUCAUGGAAUGCGGACAGAAGCACCCCGCGUUUCACGGAACAUAGAGAGAUAAGGCUCCAACUCCUGGCCGAGUUUGUCAGGGAUACGAUUAUGAAGCGACGGAAGGAUGCAGCCCUCGGACACGGACAGCCUGAGGAGAUCAUGGCGUCUCAGAACGAAGAGGCUGAGCACGUCAAGACAGAGGCUGCGCUAGAGAUCCAUCAUCAGAUGUCGAACGAAUAA